AUGCCACCCCGUCUCAACAUUUUCAACGCGAGGACCGCUGUCCCGGUCUUUCGCCAAACCUCUGUCAACGUUUCCCGACCCAGUAUCGCUACUACUAUCAACAGCAACCGAUCCGCCCGCCAUGGCUUGAAAACAGGCCUGUCGUCCUCGACGCGAAUGCAGAAGAGAUGGAACUCCUCAGCGUCGGGAGGAGACAACUCGGAGAGGCCAAAGGCUCCCACGGAGGACCCGUUACCUCACGUUAGCGAGGAGGCCGCGGAGAUAAGUAAGAUCAUGGACAAGAAAUGCGACGGCACUCCCGCCAGUCCGGAGUUGGAGCAAGGAACGCCUAUCUCAGAGAUCCUCCAACGGGACAAAGAAGCCCAGAAACACAUGCCAAAGGUCAUGCAAGACCAGAUCAAGUCAUCGACUGGUACUCGCUCGUUUUCGACAUCCACUCGCCGGAGCCAGGCAGAACUACAUGGCCAAGGAAAGAGCUUCGAUGAGCAGACUGCCGCAGUGAUGGCCAGCAUGAUUUCGCAGGUCAACCAGCAGGCUGAGGAACUUCAUGAUGGGAUCAAGUUUGACCCUGUCGAGACCCUUCCCAAGACAGAGAACUUUCGCACAAGAUAUGACUCGCUGCUCGAACAAUUUACCAAACUCUUAAUGACGGACGGCAAGUUGAGUAGGGCCCAGAAGGAUAUGGCGUUCAUUCUGGACCACCUUCGGACUGCCUCUCCGCCUCAGCCUAACCCCAAGCGGCCUCUGCUUCCUGGACCUCCCGCCCCGCAACUUCCACUAAACCCUGUCCUAUAUCUCACCUUGAUUGUCGACUCCGUCGCUCCUCUGGUCAAGAUUCGCCAGCAGAAAGGUAUCGCCGGUGGUGGUGCGUCGGUGCAGAUUCCGGUUCCGCUCGCACUGAGACAACGCCGCAGGACAGCGAUCAAAUGGAUUAUCGAUGGCUCUGAUAAACGACGUGACAGCAAGUUUGCGCAGCGAGUAGCCAACGAGCUUGUUGCGGUUGCAGAGGGCCGCAGUGGUGUGUGGGACAAGAGAGAGCAGCAGCACAAGCUCGGUAUCGCAGGCCGGUCGAAUCUCGGCAUGGUCGAUUAUUCGUCGACUCCAACGGAUGACGAGGAAGCUAACCUGAUUGGGCAAUCCCCUUUGGCACGCAUCGCUUCUGCGACCAGUGCCUCACCUGACGAUAUCGACGUGACCAGUCGCCCCCGCUUAUCUGGCCAGGAUAUCGAGCUCGUGGAGUAUCCUGUCCCACCCUCCACUUCGACCAGGGCCUGGCAGUCACACACCGGAUCUCAGGAAUUUGAUUCUCGACCGAUCGGUCAUCGCCAAUUACUUGAUCGUACUUCUCAAACGGGAACGCUCGGGCAUUCCGAUCCCAAUUCCCGCCAAACUCGUCAGCAAGUCCAGUGGGACAAGCCAAUUCGCCUCAAGUAUUGGGUAGAGGCAGUUCAUCGUCGCUCACGGUUUCCGGAGCCCCAGUCCAAGAUGAAGUUUUCUCAUAGUAUCCAAUUCAAUGCGGUUCCCGAAUGGAGCUCGUACUACCUUGCGUACAGCAACCUCAAGAAAUUGAUCUACACUCUGGAACAACAAGUCCGCAAAGCCGGUGGGCAAGCCCAAGCUGAUGUCGAGUCGGCUCCUUUGCUAGAUAGUACUCCGAAUACCGAUGCGAUAUUUCGGAAAGCUCUAGACGCUGAGCUAGAGAAAAUAUGCACCUUCUACCAGGACAAAGAGCUAGAGAUCCUCAAGGAAGUUGAAGAGGUGGUCAGAGAUGCGGAGGAGUAUGCUUCGGAGGCCGAUGGGAUUAAUGUGGACCCAAUGAGCGAGCAUAUGACCAAGACAAGGACGAUGAGUUCCGGUUCUCGGCGGCGUUCUGGAAAUGGGUAUCAUGAUUUCCCACUAAAUCAAGAUCGGCGCCGUAGCAGCGCUACCGACUCCGUCGUGGAUGAUGAUGACGACGCCGAUAGUGACGACGAACAUUUGUCGGUGCAGAAUGGGAGGCGCGUAUCUCAUGGCGCCGGUUCUACUAAUCCUGAUGAUGGUCGAACCGAUUACAUGGGCGAAUCUGGCCAUAUGGGAGAUUCGAGGGUCGCGAGAUCUAAUAGAGCUCAGGUUGAGCAUUUUGGUGAUCCAAAGGUCUUAGAACUGUACAAUUCAGGGCUUUCUUUGAAGAAACGGGCAGUGGAUGCAUACGUCUCUCUUUGUGGGCUGAAGUCGUACAUUCAGCUGAACAAAACCGGGUUCUCAAAGGCUUUGAAGAAGUACGAUAAGAUCCUCGACCGCAGCUUGCGACGGGAGUACAUGAACUCAACUGUCUCCUUGGCUUAUCCAUUCACUGAGUCGACCAUGUCAAGGGUGGAAACAGACAUCCGCAAGAUCGAAAUGGUCUACGCGGAUGUUGUCACGACCGGUGAUUUGUCACUCGCAAGGCGAGAGCUUCGGCUACACUUGAGGGAGCAUGUAGUCUGGGAGAGAAACACAGUCUGGAGGGAAAUGAUUGGUAUUGAAAGGAAAGCCCAAGCUGCAAACGUUGGUAUCCGUAGAACAAUCCUGGGGGGAGACGAAGACCCCGCAGCUGCACGACGACAAGGUGACGAGCAGGAAAUUUCUCUUACAGAGUUUAGGACGCCUCUGGGCAUCUUUCAUCCUCCACAGUGGUUAUGCAGCUUGAGUUUUGGAACUCUGGUUCUUGUCCUGGCUGUGUUUGUGACAUUGCUCACAGUUCCGAUAAUGGACAAGCCUGAGCAGCAAAACUGUUUGGCAAUGCUGAUUUUCGUCAGCUUGCUAUGGGCCACAGAGGUUAUUCCUCUCUUUGUGACGUCUCUGCUGAUCCCUUUCCUUGUUGUCUUGCUACGCAUCAUGAAAUCGGAAGAGAAGCCUUACAAACGUCUGGGGCCUAAAGAAGCCACUAGUGCUGCAUUCAGUGCUAUGUGGACUCCAGUGAUAAUGCUCUUACUUGGCGGAUUCACCAUCGCUGCAGCCUUGUCCAAAUAUGACAUUGCUCGUCGGAUGGCAAUGUUCGUCUUGAGCAAAGCUGGAUCCAGCCCCCGUGUGGUCCUUCUCACGAAUAUGUUCGUGAGUAUGUUUUUGAGCAUGUGGAUUAGCAACGUGGCUUCGCCCGUCCUCUGCUAUUCGAUCAUCCAGCCUCUGCUUCGGAAUCUUCCUCCAGAUUCGAACUUCGCUAAAGCUCUCGUGUUGGGAAUUGCACUGGCCGCGAAUGUUGGGGGUGCUGCCUCACCGAUCGCCUCACCACAAAAUAUCAUUGCGCUUCAGAACAUGCACCCGAGCAUCAGCUGGGGCACGUGGUUCUUUGUAUCACUCCCCGUCUGUAUUAUCUCCAUCCUGCUGAUAUGGGCUCUUUUGGUGUUCACAUUCCAUCCUGGUCGUGACACCACACUUGUCCCCAUUCGGCCGGUUAAAGAUAAGUUUUCUGGGGUCCAAUGGUUCAUCAGCAUUGUGACCCUGUCUACCAUCGCCCUGUGGUGCGGCAGCCAUCAACUUGAGCAUGUCUUCGGGGAUAUGGGCGUAAUAGCUAUUAUCCCGAUGGUCCUUUUCUUUGGAACCGGCAUUCUCAACAAGGAAGAUUUCAACAACUUUCUCUGGACCAUUAUCAUCCUGGCCGCCGGUGGCCUUUGUCUUGGAAAGGCUGUUACGUCUUCCGGUUUGUUACACACUCUCGCGAAUGGCAUUACCGCCCGUGUGGAACAUCUAAGUCUCUAUGGCGUCUUGAUUGUGUUCUCCGUCCUGAUUCUUGUCAUGGCCACGUUCAUCUCCCACACUGUUGCGGCACUUAUCAUUCUGCCUCUCGUUCGACAGAUCGGCGUCGGCAUGGAGGAUCCACACCCCAAUCUGUUGGUGAUGGCUAGCGCUCUUAUGUGCUCUGUUGCUAUGGCUUUGCCGACCAGUGGUUUCCCUAACAUGACCGCCAUCAUGACCGAGGUUCCGCAAACCGGCCAACGAUACCUCCAAGUCCACCACUUUUUUACCAGGGGCAUUCCUGCCAGUCUGAUGGCGUGGGCCGUUAUCGUCACGAUCGGCUAUGCUCUCAUGUACAUAGCUGGGCUAUGA